AUGGCUUUUUCAAUGGGAGGCAAAACUUUUACUGUAACAGCUAAAUUAUUCGUGGAAAAUCGAUUACGCUUAGUAAACGCAUUGAGAAGUAAAGUCAAACCUGGAAGUGUGGUACUUUUAAAAGGUGGCGUUGAACAAUAUCGUUAUAAUACAGAUUCUAUGGACUUGCCUUUUAGACAGGAGUCUUACUUUUUCUGGACAUUUGGUGUGCAUGAAAGUGAUUUUUAUGGAGUAAUAGAAGUUGAUUCUGGCACGUGUUAUCUACUUGCUCCAAGACUACAUCCCGAUUUUGCAAUCUGGCAUGGCACCAUUAAUGCUGAAGAUUGGUAUCAGAAGAAGUAUGAAGUUGAUCAAGUACACUUUUAUGAUAAUGAUAAUACUAUCAUUGAUAUGUUAGCGAGAUUGCAUCCCAAGCAAAUACUUUUGCUGAAAGCAAAAAAUUCCGACAGCAAUGAAAUUUUGCUUCCUCCAACUAUCAAUGGAUUAAGCAACUUCAUGUGCGAUACAUCCAUACUUUAUGCAGUUAUGGCUGAACUUCGAACUUUCAAAACCGAUCAAGAAUUAGAUGUUUUACGUUACGUUUGCAAGAUUGCUUCAGAAGCUCACAAAGCAACAAUGAAGGCGACUAAACCUGGAAUGUAUGAGUACCAACUUGAAAGUGUUUUUCGGCAUUAUUGCUAUUAUAAUGGCGGUUGUCGUCAUCUGGCUUAUACGUGUAUCGCUGCUUCUGGAUGUAAUGGUGCGAUUUUACAUUAUGGCCAUGCGAAUGCGCCAAAUGCCAAACAAAUUAACAAUGGUGACCUUUGCUUGUUUGAUAUGGGCGCUGAAUAUAAUUGCUAUGCAUCAGACAUAACGUCAACAUUUCCGUGUAAUGGUAAAUUUACGAAUCAACAGCGCAUUAUUUAUAACGCUGUAUUAGAUGCUAACAGACAAGUAUUCAAAGCUGCUAAGCCAGGCUUACUUUUAAUUAUAUGCUACUUUUGUGUACGAUGGAAUGCAAUGCAUAUUUUAGCAGAAUACACCAUAUUGAAGCAUUUAAGAGAUGCUGGAAUACUCAUGGGAAAUAUCGAAGAAAUGAUUGAUGCGCGAUUAGGUGCAGUAUUCAUGCCUCAUGGCUUGGGACAUUUCAUGGGGCUUGACGUUCAUGACUGUGGUGGUUUUCUUGGAGAUGCGGAGCCUCGAUCAACCCUUCCAGGUCUAAAAUCUUUACGCACAACACGUACCUUACAAGAAAGAAUGGUAAUAACUAUUGAACCUGGUUGCUACUUCAUCAAUACACUUCUGAACGCUGCCCUAAAUGAUCCAGUCCAGAAACAAUUUAUUGUGGAUCAAAAAUUAGAAGAAUUUAGAGGUUUUGGUGGAGUACGGAUCGAGGAUGAUGUAGUAAUCUGGGCUCAUGGCAAUGAAAGUUUGAGUAAUCUACCAAGAACUGUAGAAGAAAUUGAACAGUUUAUGUGCUCAAAAUGA